AUGGACGACUUUUCCAAGAUCCUGACAUCACUUCCAGAGUUCGGGUCUGGUCUUCGGGGAAUUCUUGUCGAUUGCGCCAGCGGUGAGGGACAUCCGUCCAAUCCCGGUCCAUCCCCUGGGAAUAUUGAACCAAUGCGACAAUUUGAAGUGGUGUCGAUGGAUUUCGUGACAUACAUGCCGAGGUCAGAGCGAGGUAAUUUUUUCUUGCUCUUAUUCCAGGAUAUGUUUUCAGGAUUCAUAAUGUGUAAACCAAUGGCCUCCACGACAGCUCAAGAUGUAGCUGAAGCGUAUGAGGAACGGGUGUUCAGAAAGUUUGGUGCGUCCGAAAUGAUUCGCCACGAUUAA